UUACCUUGUGAUGUUGCUACUGACAGAGGGAAAACAACACGGGGGUAACUGUUUCUAUUAACCGCAAGCAUCGACCUUAUAUAUUUUGCAAGUGCCUGUUCUCUCGUGAUAAAUAAGGUCAACAAUGCGAUGUAGCUGAUAAAAUGGAGUAUGAUGAGAGACUUGCACUUUUCCGCCAAACCCGUCUCAAUCCCUUUGAUCGGGGAGAGGAAGAAGAUGGUCCCCAAGGAGGCAAGAUGCUCCCACAGCACGAAGCAAGACCUGAGCUAUUCUCUGGGAGCAGAACACAUGGUUCAGAUCGGACCAUGGACCUCGGUCUAGCUGAGGACCACUUCUCGAGGCCUGUGGGUUCUUUUGUGGCGUCUGACAUUGAACAGCUGAAACUGGCCAUAGAGGAGUGCAAGAAGCUGAUCUUGGAGCUGCCAGAACAUUCGGAGAGACAGAAGGACACUGUGGUGAAACUUAUACACCUUCGUCUCAAACUGCAGGAGCUUAAGGACCCUGAGGAGGAUGAGCCUAAUCUGAGAAUCCUGCUGGAGCACCGCUUCUCUAAGGAAAAGAGCAAGAGUGUGAAACAGACCUGUGACAAGUGUAGCACUAUCAUCUGGGGCCUUAUCCAGACUUGGUAUACUUGCACAGGUUGCUAUUACCGUUGCCAUAGUAAGUGUAUGAACCUGAUCACUAAGCCCUGUGUGAGGUCAAAGGUCAGCCACCAGUCGGAGUACGAGCUCAGCAUCUGCCCUGAGAUAGGACUGGACCGGCAAGACUACCGUUGUGCAGAAUGUCGCACACCUAUUUCACUGAGGGGUGUGCCGAGUGAGGCCAGACAGUGUGACUACACAGGACAGUAUUACUGCAGCACAUGCCACUGGAAUGACACUGCCAUCAUCCCAGCCCGUGUCAUCCACAACUGGGAGUUUGAACCCCGCAAGGUUUGUCGCUCCUCAUUGCGCUACCUGGCCCUGAUGAUGUCGCGGCCUGUGCUGAAGCUGAAAGAAAUCAACCCGCUGCUAUUCAACUUUGUGGAGGAACUGGUCGAGAUCAGGAAACUUCGUCAAGAUAUUCUGUUGAUGAAACCCUAUUUUAUCACGUGCAAAGAGGCGAUGGAGGCUCGGCUACUACUGCAGCUACAAGAUAGGCAGCACUUUGUGGAGAAUGAUGACAUGUACUCACUACAGGAUUUGAUUGACAUCUCCAGUGGCAGACUCAGCUGUUCCCUUACAGAGAUCCACACUACAUUUGCUAAACACAUCAAACUAGACUGCGAGCGUUGUCAGGCCAAAGGAUUUGUGUGUGAGCUGUGUAAAGAGGGAGACAUCCUGUUCCCUUUUGACAGUCACACCUCGGUCUGCCACGACUGCUCUGCUGUCUUCCACAGAGAUUGUUACUAUGACAACUCUACAACUUGUCCACGAUGUGCCCGAAUGACUGAGCGCAAGCAGGACGAGGUGUAAGAUGUGAAAGAUGCAUGACUCUGGAGAGGACCACCUGAUGUUACUGGAUGUUGCACUUUGCCUCAUGUCGUAUUCUACUCGAUCAAAAACAUGUUAGAAGACUAGCUUUUUGUCGUUUUCUUUAGUUUGUUUUGUGUGUAUGUUUAUACUGUAGUGUCUUUAUCUUCCUGUGCACUACAUUAUGAAGCAGGGUACUUAGAAACCCAUCUUGAAAUUAAUAUAUAUAUAUUUUUUUUAUCAAACUUUUUAAUUCACUUAAAUUUGAUGAACACUGUGUUGGUGUGCUUGUGUGAGGUAUUCACAUUGUGUGUCUGCUUGUAUAAAUGUAAAAAAUAAAUGCCCUACAGACAGAAGCUACCUUGUAUGUAGGUGAUUACGCAUGCAGGAGUUGUAUAUCAAUCGUUACAAGCCUCGACUGCUUUAACCUAUACUGCCAACUUUGCUGAAUACUAAAUUUUAAGGUUGCCCUAUACGACAAUGGUUUUGAAUUUUAAGGAUUGUAAUUCCACCUUCCAAAGACAAAAUAGUAAAAUUAUAUUAACUAUAAAUUUGCCUUUCAGCUUACAGUUGUUUGUUUUUGUUUUUUUAAAAACAAAAUCCUGUAAACAUGUUUAAAAGUUAAGUGAGUAACCGUGUACUGAGCUGUCAUUUCCAAGUUUAUUAGGUCAUAUGAGGUAGUAUUACACAACUAAAAAUGCAUAGUGUCUAAUUAGGUUACAAUAGGAAAUGAAUUAAAUAUGUUAGACUAUGUGUCCAUAACAUCACUGUAACUUCUUUUUCCCUUUUUUACACAUGUUCCAUCAUCAUGGCCAGCACUGUAUAUUCCACAAGCACUGUCCCUAAAGCAGUUCAUACUUGUCCUCCACCUGUGUUACAUGCCUGUUUUCCAUUCAGGGUCAUACUCUGUCGAUCUGUUUAACAUUUCACAAGGUCUUAAAGAUAUUUCAAGGCCUUAAAGCAAUAUUUCUUUUUAGCGUCCUAUUUGCACCUUACCACACAGUAUAGGCCUGCUCUGAGUUUGUUAAUUUUUCAAUUAGCCAACCUGGUUACUGGUUAAAAAUUCAAUGGCUGGUAAUUGUUUGACAAGAAAGAUGUAUAUAUAAUCAUUAAAAACAUAAUUUGAAAUAUAAAUACUUAUAUUGGGAACGGAUAUAUAAACAAAGCAUGCAUUACCAGUACAUUUUCUUGUAAGGAGAACUGUUUACCAGAUAAAGAAAAGGAAUGUGGGAGUUAUAUAUGCUUUUCCUUUUAUUCAAAACUGUGAACUCAUUUCAGACAUUUUAAUCUGUGUUUAAUCUGGUUCAGUUAUUUGCAGUGUGUAGUAAAUAGAUGUAAAUACUCAUGAACAUUGUGUGCCUAAGAUUGUCAGGUAACAUACAGCUGUUAUCCAAACAUUUUAAUACACUUAACCAUCAUGUUAAUGGUUUUCAGUCUUAAAGUACCUAUAGCACAUUUUGUCCAGAGAUGACCAAGAUGUUAAGUGACACCUUUGGUAAUGUAUAAAUGUUGACCGAAAGUAUUUGUUUUAAAAUAAUGACUUCUGGCUGUGAUAUCUCUCAGCAUGAUGUACUGUAUUUUUUUUUUUUUUUUCAGACUAAUGGACAUACGUGGUAUUGAUGAAAGCCAUGCCCUGUUGUAAAGUAAUGUGGAGUAGAGCAU